CCCGUACAUUCCGUUUCCGUAUUUAGAGAUGGCUCCACGGUCUCGUAACACCCGCACUUCGGAGAGUAGACGUUCUCGAGGUAGUAACUCCUACCGUUGCCGAGUCUGCUCCGGAAGCCAUCCGCUCCGUGCCUGCCGACGCUUUCUUCGCCUGGACGCCGAGAAGAGACUCCGAGCCGUCUUGAUUAACAAGUACUGCGCUAAUUGCCUGGCUCAUCGGCACUCCGGCAGAGACUGCCGCAGUACCAAGGGCUGCAAAGUGUGCGGUGGGAACCACCAUACGCUACUCCACAACCGUGCGUCCCAGCGUUCAGGCCGCGCUUCCGGACCAGCCCCUCCGGCGGCUCCAGCCUCUAGCGUUGAACGACGCCGUCGUCUCCCCGAAAACCGCCCCGUCGUGGAAGAUCCGGCACCAUCCGUGGCUACGCUCCUCCAGAACCGGAGCAUCAACGUUCUCCCGACGGCCCUGGUGGUCUUAGAUACGGGUUCCAGAACUUUUGAGACAGUGGCUCUUAUAGACCCCUGUACCCCAGUAAGCAGCAUCGACGAGUCAUUGGCCAUCGCCUUCAAACUGCCCUCCACGCGGGUUGGCACCGAGAAGGUGUGCACUGCGACUGUCCGCGCCAAGAAUGGAAACUUCCAAGUGGACGCAGUGCUGAAGGUCGAGCCCCGCCUGCGCGUCCGCACGCCACUACGCCCCGUGACCGAGGCGGUGCGAACCCGUUUCGACGACAUUCGCCUCGCCAACGAGCGCUUCCAUCGCCCAUCCACUGUCUCCCUCGUGCUCGGCGCCGACGUUUACCAGAAGGUGAUCCAACCCGGGUUCCUCGCCCUAGGAGAAGGUCUUCCCGUGGCCCAAAGCACCGUAUUCGGAUGGAUUGUUUCUGGGGCGUGCACUCAGCCAUAGAGGUUCUCCAUUGCAGUCCUGCAAGGGGGGGGAGGAUGUUGAGAGUAGCAGCAGCGAGUUGGCAGGGGGCUGUUGUUAACAGCCGGAGCGCGCUCUCUCUUGCCUGGCGCUAGCGAGUUGGCGGGCAGCCAGCUCACUAAGCGGGAGUUCAGUAUGCUACC